AAGCAUUUGAAAUAUUUUUACAGUUAUUUUGUAAUUAAUAAAAAUGAGCCGAGAGUUAGAUCAACGAGUGGUGGACUCGACUUAUAAUUAUAAUAAUACUAAAAGUGAACCCAUAUUUCUGAGUGCAAGCGUUCAUCCGAUUGAUAAUCAGUUUAUAAUGACAAACGAGCAUCAGAUCAAAGAGAUCCCAUUGGAUGUGAGCACCAAAGACAAGAGCCCAUAUCCGGUCACCAUUUCGUGGCACGACAUCAAUGUCUUCAGCAAAAAGUCUGGAGGAAUACCACUUCCCUUCAGAAAGAGCAAAGACAAACCGGCCGUUCAUAUACUCAAAAAUGUGAGUGGUCAGGCAAAGAGUGGAGAGUUGUUGGCAAUUAUGGGUUCUAGUGGCGCCGGAAAAACAACAUUAAAUAAUGUGUUAACGCAGCGAAACCUAUCGGAAGUGACUGUCAAAGGGUCGGUGAAAUUGAACGGUAAAACUGUGGACCAAAACAGUAUGAAAUCGUUGUCGGCUUACGUACAACAGGAAGACAUCUUUAUCGGUAACCUUACGGUUAGAGAACACAUGAGUUUUCAAUCGCGGGUUCGUAUGGAUCAGGAGAUGACCAAAGAGUCUCGCGAUAGUCGUGUCAAUCAAGUCCUACAAGAAUUAGGUUUAGUGAAGUGCGCGGACACUAAGAUCGGCGCUCCGGACGGCGAGAAAGGCAUUUCCGGCGGAGAGAAAAAGAGAUUAGCCGUCGCUUCAGAAUUAUUAACAAAUCCAUCGAUACUAUUCCUGGACGAACCGACUUCUGGUUUGGACUCAUUUAUGGCCUACAAUAUCGUGGAAGUGCUGCGAGAUAUGGCACAAACCGGGCGCACAAUUGUCUGCACCAUUCAUCAGCCCUCGUCUGAAGUGUUUUCACUGUUUAAUCAAUUGUUACUUAUGGCCGACGGAAGGGUUGCCUAUUUAGGCAAAUCUGAGAACGCAAUCGAGUAUUUCUCAAGUCUGGGCCUAAACUGUCCCAAUAAUUACAAUCCGUCCGAUUUUUAUAUCAAACAAUUGUCUGUAAUUCCCGGCAAAGAAGUCGAGUCCAAACAAAAGCUCAAUGAAAUAUGCGAUCGAUAUCUGGAAAGCGCUUACGCGAAGACAGCACUUCCGCUCACAUCCAAUGAUUACAUCAAUAAUAACAAUACAAGCGCUGAUAAUUACCGCAUUCAGACCACCACAAAACACUUGGUGUAUAAAACGAGUUGGUUUAUACAGUUUUGGGCACUUCUAUGGCGGGCAACCCUAUCGGCAAUGAGGGAACCCAUGUUAACAACUGUCCGUCUCAUACAAACACUCAUUUUGGCCAUUGUUUUCGGUUUAAUUUAUUGGCAAAUCGAUGUGAAUCAGGCGGGCAUUAUGUCCAUCAAUGGCGCCCUAUUCCUCCUCCUCUCUAACAUCACUUUCCAGAAUAUUUUUGGUGUCAUUACUACAUUUUGCAUAGAAAUGCCAGUAUUUCUUCGCGAACACAAUAAUGGCAUGUAUAGAGUGAGCGCUUAUUUCGUGUCCAAAAUCUUGGCUGAGUUACCAUCAUUUAUUAUGAAUCCAGUAUUAUAUGUCUGUAUAUUCUAUUGGAUGGUUGGCCUCAACAGUGAUGUCAAAGUGUUCUUCAUGUGUGUUCUCAUAUGUAUUUUGGUUGCGGACACGGCCUGUAGUUUU